GAAUUUGGUGGAUUGCAUAGGUCCAGCAAUAUCGUAGUGUUGCUCUUGGGUCAAAGUAGUCAUAGUAGCAGAGAAAAAAAUACUCACAGGAUUUUGUGUUUUUUCGUCGCCGUAGAAAAAUCCAUGUUCAAGAAAGUAAAUCUUCUCCAUGUGGAAAUAUCUUCACGCAACGGACCGAGAAAAAGCAAACUUUUCGCUUCACGACAAUCAUGCCACUUCCCGGUGCAGUUACUGCCUUGAGCUAUGAGGAUCAGCGCAGUGAAAAGGCACCGCUUGCUCCAUCCCACGGGGACCGAGCUCCGCCCGGUGCGGAAAUUGUUGUGGGCUUCAUGGGUUAUGAGGGUGCGCACGCGGAAGACGCACUUUUGCAGCUGUUCAAUGAUUACGUCGCACCUGUUACUUCCUCUUACAGUACAAGUCCGGUCAAUCCAAGAAUAGCCAGAGAAAGUAGCAAGCACGAUGAGUACUCGAGUAAAAUAAGGAUCAUUCCGCGCAGCGUGCCGUCCGGGGGUUUUCCGGAGUUGCUAAACCAGUUGGUACACCGAGAAAACCUGGACUACGCUUUGGUACCGGUUUACAACACCAGCGCAGGCGUCGUCACGCAGGCACUCGAAGUGCUGACAAGCCACGUUGCUGAGCCGGAGGGCUGCCGGCUCGCGGCGAUUCCCCUCGCAGUCGGAAUGCGUAUCCGACAUCACCUCAUGGUGGCACCGGGCGUGUUGACGAACAACACUCCAGAAGCACCGGAAAAGGGAACUAAUGCUUCCGAUGGGACCGGAGCGAGUCACAAAUUGAAUGCACCUACAGCAGCACCGACGGUUGAGUUUUUGAAACAGAACCUGUCAGUUAUCCGCUCGCAUCCCCAGGCCUUGAAACAGUGUGGUGCGUUUUUGGAAGCUUUACAGCCCGACGUCGUCAUCGAGGAAGCGUCUUCUACCGCGACGGCAGCGGCGCAGCUGCUCACUAGCACUCCUGGGGGCGACGGUCGCGGCGCGGAGACAAUCAGAAUCCCUGCCGCUCUUGCCGGCGAGCGGGCAGCGACGCUAUACAAGAUGCAGAUCCUGAAGCGCGAUUGCCAACAGGACGCGCGAAACACGAGCUAUUUCGUUCUUUUUAAAAGAAGACCAAAGCAGCUCGAAAAUGACAUGACGGUGACCGAACCGACUUCACUGCAGACACUGCUCGCCGAUUUGUCAGGAGCCAGACCGGGCGAGAUUUUUGGCGACAAAUCAGCAGACACCGGUGGCGCUGCUGCUGGUGAAGCGACCUGGACGAGCUAUGGAACCACUGCUGGAAAAGCAAUCCUGGCUACGGAACUGCAGUGCUAUUGCGACCAACAUCGAGAUGAACAGUCGAAGCAUGCCUAUUGAUGCCGCUCCUGUUAUUCGAAAAAUCUCAUUGAUUGACAUUGACGUUUUGAAAGAUCAAAUGACCACAAGAAUGAGAAGAACUCCGCAAACAAUUCAAGCCACCGCAUUGAUUUUCACUUUUUCCUCGUGAACUUUCUUUCGCAAACAACAGAAACAGUUUCCCGCCACGUUUCUUUGAAAGAUCAAAACCAGAUGGAUCCACGACCUGCCACUUAGAUGAAUUACAACUGGGUAACUCAACAUUCUCAUCGAUGUGUGUUCGUCCGCCGGUCUGCACGAUCAGAAUCUGCAUGACGCCUUCUCUGAGACAGAUCGCAGGCCGGCUUCGUAGCUGAAUUUACGAAGCAGCCAUGCCAUACAGAAAAGUUUAUGUCUGGUGCAGUGGCAGUAUCGAAUUUCAAUUCCUUGGCUUUACAACGAAUCACCGACCUUUUUCCGGAGCAUAUUUUGAUGCCGCUUCACUAUCACGUUGGAAGUAGCCAUAAAGACCGUACGCGUUGUGAGUUUUAGCAGAACCCAACAGUCAGUCCAUCCAUGGUGGUGUCAUUAUCGUCCCGUGCCAGCGCUCGACUCAACUGUUUUCCACGACCGGCUUUCAAGAAG